AUGGCUGCUCCCAGCUCCCAUUUUUCAGCCCCCCAGUAUAGCUACGACUUUGUUCUCGAGUACACAGGCCAGUAUCAACGCCAGCCUGCUCCAGUACCUCGACGAGGGCCUUUUUUCAGCGGCUGUAGUAGCCCAGAACUUGGUAAAGUACUUUUGCAAGAUGGCCUGGGCGUUGGAGCCGGGUUUGAUGCCGCCAAAGCUGAGGUUUCUCUGCAGCGAGGCAUUGUCCAGAUCAAACACCAGCUACUCCAGGCUAAAGGAGGAGCCCGACAGAUUCUCAAGCUGGUUGAGGAUCGCCUCCCUUUGUUCUGGAUGGUUGUGGAAGUACGUCGUGUUGAGGCUCCUAUUCAGAUUCGCAAUUUUCAGGGCGACGUCUGUCUACCCAGUCCAUGA